AUGUCUACUGCUACGAACGGAGACGCGAAAUACGCCUCGCGACCCACCGCGAUCCUGCACCGCACGCCCUGGCGCCCGCCCGUCGCCUCCUCCGCGGAGGGCAUCUACAUCACCCUCGAGGACGGCACGAAGCUCAUCGACGCCGUCGGCGGUGCCGCGGUGACGUGCAUUGGCAACGGGCACCCGAAGGUGAAGCAGGCCAUCAAGGAUCAGGUCGAGAAGAUCUCUUAUGUGUACAACAUGCAACUCUCGAACGAGCCCGCGGAGGAGCUCGCGCAUUACCUCGUCGCGAGCAGCAACGGCGCGUUCGGCGCGGUUGGAUUCGUCUCGGGAGGCUCCGAGGCGAUGGAGGGCGUGAUCAAGACCGCACGCCAGUACUUCUACGAGACGGGCCAGCACCAGCGCACGAACUUCAUCGCGCGCAAGCUCUCCUUCCACGGCAACACGGUCGGCACGCUCUCGCUCGCUUACCAUCCCGCGCGGCGCGCCCCCUACGCGUCGCUCCUCGAUGAGAGGUCAUAUCAUCACGUCUCGCCAGCGUACGCCGCGCGGUUCAAGGGAGCGGGGGAGAGCGAGGACGCGUACGUGGAGAGGCUGCGGAAGGAGCUGGAGGAUAAGUUCUUGGAGCUGGGGCCGAAUACGGUCAUUGGAUUCGUCGCAGAGACCGUGGUCGGUGCGACCACUGGUGUCGUAGCGGCACCGAAGGGUUACUUUAUGGCUAUGAAGUCGGUUUGCGAGAAGUACGGCGCGCUUUUCAUCCUCGACGAGGUUAUGAGCGGCAUGGGUCGCAUGGGCACUCUCCACGCGUGGGAGAGCUACGGCGAUGGCGCAUCUCCCGAUCUUCAAGCAGUCGCGAAGGGCCUCGGGGGCGGGUACGUCUCGAUCGGCGCGGUCCUCAUGUCCCAACGAGUCGCCGACGGCGUCCGAGACAACGCCGGCUUCUGGAAGCACGGCCACACCUACCAGGCGCACCCCAUCGCCUGCGCGGGCGCGCUCGCCGUGCAGAAGGUGAUCGUCGAGGAGAAUCUCCUCGAGAACAUCCUAACGCAGGGCGCGCACCUCGGCGAGCUCCUCCGAACGCGCCUCACUGGCCCAAACGCGCGGGCUGCGCAGUACGUGUUCGACAUCCGCGGAGGGGGCGGGUGGUGGGCGGUCGAGUGGGAGUUCAGCGUGCCGGGGACGUUCGCACUGGACGUUCAGUCUCGUGCUCUGAAAAACGGACUGGUCAUCAUGGGCUUCACGGGCGGGUCGAAUGUCGAGGGCACGAAGGGCAACCAUAACAUGCUUUCGCCGGCUUACAACGUGACAAGACAAGAGGUGGAGACGAUCGUGGAUCUCUUCGUGAAGAGCAUCGAGGAGGUUUUGGUGGCGAGUGGGCUAUAG